AUUCACCGGCAGCGAAUGUAUUUUCCCGAAAUGAUCUGAGUGGGUUGAUUUCGAUUACUUCUGGCUCUAUAUUUAUCCAUAAAACCAGAGUCAAUACAAACUCCGUUUGAGUUCGAAAAGUAGAAAGGACUUAUUGCAUUUCAAGUAUUUGUUUGUGUAAGCGGAAGUCAAAUUCACACGUUAUUUUAGUAGAAUGUUUUGAGUAAUAGUUACUGGCUGGUAUUGACUAUAUAAGUAGAAAAAAUAACAGGUAGUAAGAGUUCUUGGACGAAAUCGUUCGUGACAAGUAAUAUUGUGGUAAACAAAUUUCAAUAUUUUUUCUUCUACAAAUAUAAUGAACUAUUCCCGUUAUAUAAUUGCGUUUAAGGCAAUAAAUUACUAAACUAAAACUUUGUGAAAAGUUUAUAUAACGUUAAAAUAUUUAGAACAAAUAUGAAAAGAUUCAAAGUUAAUAUCAAAACUUCUACGAAAUAAAAUGGAUUUUCCAAAUAGUUUGAAAUCCGUUUAAAAAUGAAUUUUCCGCAUGGUUUGUUUACCUAGUAUGAUACCUCUUAGAAAUAUCUUCGAUAUCAUCCUUUUGUAUGUCACGCUAAUUUUAGUGUUUGCCACGCUCUGGUAUUGUUAUCGAACAUGGCCUCAACACAUGAUUUCAGUGACACGUUUGUCACAAAGCGAACAUCUGUAGUUAGAAAAAAGAACAUUCGGUACUUCAAACAAAGACAUUAUAAAAUAAUAUCUUAGUCGAUUGCUCCAAACUAUAAACUAUGCGUUUUACUAAUAAAAUGAAAUAUUUUCGAUAUAGAAAUUGCUAUUUAUACGUUUAUAGCUUUAAAAUUUUAUGAAAAUUUCUCAUAUUGCACGUGACUCCAGAAAAAAAAAUGAAAAUAUUUCAAGAUAUACCAGCAUGAUGACGCUCUCGUACAUAAAGAUGCCAUGAAUAUCAUCAUGACGUCACGGACUGCAGGUUUUGCUGCUAUUUUAAUGCUAUGUUUAGUGGGUAGGGUGCUGAACUGCUACAAAUUUCCAGCAGAUGUAAAAGAUCCGUGCGAAGACAAAGAGUGUCAGUUUGGGGCACAAUGCAGACCUUCUCCGGAUGGACAAACAGGUGACUGUGUGUGUCCAGAGAAAUGUGCAACAUAUGGUGACAGUCGUGGUUCAAGACCUGUCUGUGGGACUGAUGGUGAAGACUAUCCGAACGUUUGUGAAUUGCGUAGAACUGCAUGUCGUUUAAAAAAGGAAAUCGAAGCCAAAUUUCAAGGGCGAUGUGAUCCCUGUGAAGGUGUAGAAUGCCCAGCUUCCCAAGUAUGCCAACUAGACAACAACCGCAAUCCAAUAUGUAGAUGCAAUGCAAUAUGUUCGCCCGAUUUCAGACCAGUCUGUGGUUCUGAUGGAAAAACUUAUAUAAACGAAUGUUCCUUAAGAGUAGAAUCUUGUAAAUCUAGGAGGAGCCUUCGAAUUAUAUUCAGUGGAGAAUGUAGUUCAGGUGCCAAUCCGUGUGAAAACCUUCAGUGCGGUCCAGGUCAAGAAUGUGAUAUUGAUAGGUACGGAAUAGCUACUUGCCAGUGUCCGCCAAAUUGCGAGCCAGUCAUGCGACCAGUGUGUGGGGAUGACGGGAAGACCUACUACAAUGAGUGUGAGAUGAGGAGGAGUGGAUGUGAGGUGCAGAGGUUACUGACUGCUGCCUACAGAGGAGCUUGUGGUGCUAUUGGAACGUGUUUUGAACAUGAAUGUGAGAAUGGAGCUUUAUGUUUUAUGAGAAACCGCAAACCUUAUUGUGCCUGUGUUGAUUGCGCUGAAGACUUUGAUCCAGUGUGUGGGACUGACGGCAUUUCUUACAUCAAUGAAUGCAAACUGUUCCGAGAGGCUUGCGAACAAAUGAAAAAGAUAGCAGUCGCUUACCAAGGACUUUGCAGUGGAUGUGAGCAUAAGCAUUGUGAAUAUUAUGCUGCUUGUGAGAGUGACUCAGAAGGCGUUGGAAGAUGUGUCUGUCCUAAAAACUGUGUAAAGGUGGAUUCUGUUAUCUGUGGAACAGAUGGUAUCACUUAUAAAAAUGAAUGCGAGAUGAGAGUCGCGGCAUGUGAAAAAGAACAAUAUAUAAUGGUUGGUUCUCGAGGGCCGUGUGAUCUGUGCCAAAAUGUUCACUGCAAGCACGGUGCUCGAUGUGAGAAUGGUCACUGUAUUUGUGCCUUUGAUUGCCCUGAUGCUUAUGAUCCGGUGUGUGGCAGUGAUGGAACGACCUACAGAAACGACUGUGAAAUGAGGCGUGGUUCGUGCCAGAAGGGGAUCAAUUUGGCGACCGUCUUCUUCGGAGAAUGUGACGGAGCACUUGUUCGAUUCAGGGAAGAUCAUGAAGUGAAUACCCAUAUUUUAACAUGUGAAAUGGCCAAUUGCCGAUAUGGAGGUGUCUGUGAUCAUGAUCCAAGGGGUCAUGUCCACUGUAUUUGUACAUUCCAUUGCUCUCCACUAAGAGAUCCAGUGUGUGGCUCCGAUGGACGAAUGUAUGAAAAUGAAUGUCGUCUGAGAGAGGAGGCUUGUCGGUUACAGCAGAACAUCCAGAUAGUUGCUUCAGAAAACUGCGGAGUUAUCUCAGUCAGCGUUUGCUUGCAAUCUCCAUUCGGCUGUUGUCCUGAUGGUAGGACGUUAGCUUUAGGACCGAAUGCAGCUGGCUGUCCUAGUACAUGCAACUGCAAUCGCCUAGGGUCCUAUGGUGAAACCUGUGACUCAAUCUCUGGACAGUGUGAGUGCAAGACUGGAGUCGGCGGCUUAAGAUGUGAUCGAUGCGAUCCCGGCUAUUGGGGACUGCAUAAAAUUGUUGCGGAUGGAAAUGUUGGUUGCCUUCCCUGCGAUUGCAACAUGAGAGGCUCUGCUCGGGACGACUGCGAGCAAAUGACAGGAAGAUGUGUUUGCAAACAUGGUAUUCUGGGAAUGAAAUGUGAUAUAUGUCCCGAAGGCAUGGUUCUGGGACAAGAUGGAUGCAUGGAUGAAUCAUUGGCCGAAUCAAUCUCAGGUACUUGUAAAGAUUUACACUGUAAAUAUGGUGCUAUAUGUCGAGAAUCUGGAAGCAGAGCGCAGUGUUUCUGUGAAAUACCCUGUAAACCAAUCACAGUACCUUCACCAGUCUGCGGUACAGAUGGAAAUACUUACGUCACGAGUUGCCAAAUGAGUGUAUUUAGCUGCCGAUACCAGAAGCCAAUUCAUGUGAAACAACAAGGACCGUGCAAGCCUGGCGGGAUAAUUAUUGGAGCUGAAGAUGUGUCACCAACAGCAGGUCCAGUUAGGAGAUCGACUGUGCAGAAAACAACAUUCGAUCAGUUUGAGUCGAAAUCAACAAGAGAUGUGAGCCAUUCUGAGCAAUUCUUUUUGAGCACGGGACCCACAACAUCAAAACCACCAAUUGAUGAUACGCCUGUUGAUAUACCAGCGUUUUCGGGUGUUUCCUUUUUAGAACUUCCAAAACUACAAGCCUACACUCGUCUGUCUUUGGAAUUAGAGUUUAAAACGUUUGGUGGCAACGGCAUUAUUCUGUACAAUGGACAAACACCAUCUGGAUCUGGUGAUUUCGUCUCGCUUUCUGUUAGGGAUGGUUUUGUCGAGUUCAGAUACAAUCUUGGAAGUGGUCCAGUUAUAUUAAGGUCACCUCACCGCUUGCAGAAGGGAAAGUUCCACCGAUUAGUGGCAAAACGUUAUCUGAGAGAUGGUGUUCUUACUCUUGAUGGACAAGAAGAUGUCGCCGGUCACAGUGAGGGAACGUUGAAAUCUUUAGAUUUAACUGAAAACAUGUUUCUAGGAUAUGUACCCACAGAAAAUAAAGGAAUAUUUGAUAAUAUAGGCAUUAAUAGUGGGCUAAUUGGAUGCAUUAGAAGAUUACGCGUUGGGCAACAUGAUGUGAAUUUAACUUAUCCAAUUUCGAAAGAUAUACUGAGAGGACAAAGUAUAAGGGAAUGUAAAGGUAAGCCGUGCAACAGUGUACCUUGUAGGAAUGGAGGUACUUGCAAACAAACGGAUGUCGAUAGCUUCCAGUGUUUUUGUGCAGAAGGAUUUUCAGGAGACAUGUGCCAAAAAUCCGAAGAUCCAUGUGCCAGUUUUCCUUGUGCAAAUGGUGCUACUUGCGUUACGCUCCCCAAUCAUGAAUUUUCGUGCACAUGUGAUAAGGGAUACAGUGGCCGUUUCUGCGAACACAAGCCUUCCAAACCAGUGGUCAUAGAAGAUGUGUACAUACCAGACCUAGACGGUGCAGCCUUUCUAGAACUUCCAACCCUUCCAAAUGUAGGCCAAGAAUUCGUUAUUGAAUUGUGGUUUCUUUCCCGUUCCAAGGAUGGAAUGCUUCUGUACAACGGACAAGAAUCUUUGGGAAGAGGAGACUUCGUGUCUCUUAAUUUGGUGGAUCGAUACAUUCAGUUUCUUUACGAUCUUGGCAGCGGCGUAGCCAAUAUCACGAGUGCAUCACCAAUAAAUAUAGAUCAAUGGCAUGUCGUAAGAGCAACGAGGAUUCUCAGAAGAGGUUCUUUGCAACUUGAUGAUGGUCCAGUUGCCACAGGAGAAUCUAAGGAACCACUCAGUGAAUUAAAUCUCGAUCUUCCUUUAUAUUUGGGUGGUUAUCGUCAUUUAUCCACCAUUAAUCCUGAAUCUGGCAUCACUUCAAGAUUUAAUGGUGCUUUUCAACGUCUUGUUCUAAAUGGCGAAGUGGUGGACGAUUUGAGAAAAGUGGCGAAAUCUUCUCAAGAUGUGGGCCAUUUCUACGGUCAACCAUGCGGACCCAAUCCAUGCCAUAAUGGAGGGAUGUGUUUGCCACAACUGAACAAUUUUCACUGCAAGUGUCCUGUGGCCUAUACAGGUCUAUGGUGUGAGAAAUAUAUUGAAAAUGUGUCUGUUGAUGAACCCAUUAUGUUUGAUGGUAAAACAUUUCUCAAGUUCCCUAACAAGCUUUUUACAAGGUUAUUCACUGACGGCCACAACCGCGUUGAAGUAACUUUUCGAACAGAUUCUACUGAUGGUCUUAUUUUAUGGUCCCAUGAAGAUGUUUCAACUAUUGGUGAUUUUAUGGCCCUUGCUGUAGAAGAUGGUUUUCUUGUGGUGAGUUUCAACUCAGCUGGAAACAGAGAACCACUUCUAAUCAAACACAACAUCAGGAUCAAUGACGGCGAUUGGCACAGGGCUGUGAUUGACAGGAAUAAUCGCCAUGGUAUGUUGCAAGUAGAUGACAAUACCCCAGCCGUUGUAACAUCCACACCUGAAACUAAAUAUCUAAAUACCGAUGGUGUACUUUGGAUAGGAGGUUGCUCCAAUCUACCUGCAGGUCUGAAUAAUGCAUACUACAAGGGCUUCAUAGGAUGCAUUCACUCAGUCAUUGUGGAUGGAGAGGCCUUAAAAAUUGCAACUCACGGUACAGGACAGUCUUGCCCAAUCACGUGACGACAUCUAAAUUAUCCUUAAGUUUUACUUUUUAGAGUGGUGCUACAUUCUGGAUUCCAAAACACAGAGAUAUUUUAUUUCAUCCAAAAGAUAAGUUAUGUAAAUAUCGAUUAUAUCCCAUAUACUAAUAAAUUUCCACAAUGAUUUUAUUUUUAACCCUCUAACUGUCGAGUUAUAUAAGAAAAGUUUUUACAUAAUCUCCUGCUGUGCAGUGUUCCUUCUUAUGAGAAUAGUGGGCUAAGCCCACUGCUCGCAACCCCGUUGAUUGCCUAGCAAUAAUGGCUGUUUUUUGGCAUAAAACAGCUGAAAUUAUUAAACCGAAAAUAUAUGUAAUAAAAAGACCCACUUUCCACGUCUAAAUGUUCCCCUGAUGAUACUGUUAAGAUUUUAAGUGAACAUAAAUCAUUUUUCUAGGUAAUCAUUUUUUGAAAUAAGAUUUGAAAUUAAAUUAUUAUUACUAUGGUUAUAAAAAAAUUUCGAAAUCACAACUAUGAUUUAAUAAUUUUGCUUAACAAAGGGAUGGAUGCAUUUUAAGGAAAAUUUAUGCCGACCCGCCCUCAUUUGGGCAUACGGAGGAACGACCCGUCGCCACGACAGUCCCCGUGAAAGAACCGCGAUCCGUCCACCAGCGCAUGCACCCAAUCGCGUGACCAGCUCGGCUAAGCCACUUCCGUGGCACUUAUUUAAAAGAAAACUAAAUUACAAAAGCUGAUGGCAACAGCAAAAUUAAACGCUCCGAGAGUUCCGUCUUAUAGUGCCGUAGCCGACGGAACCUCCCUUAUAGUGAGCAUGACAUGUUAAACGAAAAUAAAAGUUAAAACAUCAAAUAAUACACAUUAACAAAAUAUCGUGGUUGUUAGCAGAUUUUGCCCAAAGUGCAAGUUGUACAACAAGCAUUGGAGCAAUAGAACAAUGAAACAAACAGCAAAUAAAAUCAAUAUAAAGUCAAUACCAACACAAGAUAAAAUAAAGCUAAGGUAAUGACAGUGAGAUCACAACCUCACCGAUCCAGACAGGGUGUCUGGAACCGAAGAAGCCGACGACAAAAGGAAGCAUACAUUAAAAUCAGGGGUGUAUAGAACCAGCAAAACCGCAGAGGAGGGAAGUAAAACAGAUAAAAUGACAAAAGUCGAAAUGUUUAAAAGCAUCAAAGUUAGAAUAUGCAAAAGCAGUAAAAGGGCAAAAGAGCAAAGAUAAGCGUAAGUUAUAUCAUAAAAUGCAAUGAAAACAAAAGGAUAAAAUCAGUGUACAAUAAAAUGGUGACAGAUUAGCUGAAAUUGAACAGGAGGGCAACCCAAUGACCGGAAAGCUGCAGUUAACUCGUGUAGAGGGGAUCCAUAAGAUCAUCAGGGGUAAGGGCAUCUUCUGAGGUGCGUUUGAUAAUUUGUUUUUGUUUAUUUGUCGUACACCAGGAUCUCGUAUCACAUCUAUUGUUGAAGUAAUUUCCCCUGAGAGUUGCAAACUUUCCACAUUCAAUGAUUAGUUGUUUAAUUGACUGGUGACAGUCACAAUAUUUGCAGGUAGAAGAUUUAUGGAAAAUUCUGGCGUGAUGUUCGCCAAAGAUCCCGUGGGAUGUUAAAAAUUGGUUAAAAUAGAAGUCAGAGGAUAAAAAACGCUCAUUAAUAACGAGGAUCAGGUAAUAAGUACGCCUUCCGUUCAAAGAGUUGCGUCACCUGUCCUUCCAUAAAACCCUACUGACCUACCUCUGCCUGCACUUAAUCUGGGGCUUAGUUAAAGGAUAGUAGAAGUCUACCUCGCCUAAUAACAUGCCAUUCUUAGCCAAACUAUCCGCUUCCUCGUUGCCAGGCUCCCCCGAAUGAGCUUUAAUCCAAUUGAGCUUUAAUCCAGAACAGUAUUUGUUUUGAACCAUUUCUUUAAUUUCCUCAAUGAUCGGAAUUGGGUUUUCGAGGGCCUGCAACGAGGAUUUUGAAUCAAAAAAAAAUAUUGAAAUGUUGAAUAUUUUUAUCUUUUGCCCAAAGGGUUGCAAGUUUAAUUGCUGUUAGUUCGGCGGGGUAGACGCUAGACUCAUUGUUUAAACGGACAGAGUGUUCAUAUAUGGUUUGAUUGUUGAAUUUUACUAGUAAACCACAACCCACACGAUCUUCAGUGUUGCCCGUAGUUUGGUUUAUUAUUUGUUUUUUACUACCGUUGGUGUAAAUCUCAUAACCAAGUCCCCUCGGUGAGCUGAAACCCCUGAUGACUACCUUUAGUUUUGCAGGAUUGUAGAUAGGGACUGAGCUUGGAUUAUAUUGUUUUAGCUCAUCAGUUUGAUAAUCAGUGUCGAAGUUAUUUUGAGGAGUCCAGGUCUGUCUUUUAAUUGAAAUUAUUUCCCUAAUCUUUAGAUCAAUUGGAAUGACACCGGCUAGGAUUUGUAGUGCCUCCGUACUGGUGGCAGAGUAACAUUUAGUUAAGUUAAGUAGUGGGAUUCUUUAAAUGCUUUUACGUUUCCUGUUCAUUUUGACAUUGUUUUUAUACCACACGGAGGCACCAUAUGUAAUUUUCUUUUCGAUUGCUUGAAAGUAAAUGAGUUUUAGAAGGUUCGAACUCAGUCCCCAGGUAGCCCUACUAAAUUGUUUAAAUCUGUUAUAAAACGUAAUGAUGUCAAUUCUGAGUUGCUCAAGAUGAGGGGCUUAAUUCAACCGAGGAUCGAGAACCACACCGAGGUAUUUCAAUGCACAUUUUCAUUUUUGAUGUAAGCGGUUCUGGUACCUUCCAUACUUAUACAUGGUGACCUUUUUAUGCAUUUUGAAUCUUUUGGAAAAGUGAUCAGCUUGGUUUUAUCGGGUGCAAAUUUCUAGCUGUGAUCCCUAGCCCAAUUAAUUAAGACCUGAAUGAUACCAGACCCCAGUUUGUCAAUGCGAUAUAAGAUAGAAUGUUUCAUCAAAAGAAAGACGUCAUCAGCAAAGGCCAGCAGGUUACAAUCAUUAAAAUGAAACUCAUUUAAAGGAGAAUUGAUUAACAAAGUUAACCACGGCGUUUAAAGGCUUCGUCCGUCUCCCUGCCUCUCCAGAAGCCAUGUAGGUUUACAUUUAGCUUCUUAUUAAUUUCAGGAAAGUAAACUAGACUCUCGGUUAACAGUCUAUCCAAUAUUUUUCCCCAGGUAGAGAGCAGGAAGAUCGGGCGAUAUCCCUGUGGUAAACGGGGGUACUUUCCCUGUUUAGUAAUAGACUGAUGAGUGCGGUUUUCCAACAAGUCGGGGAAGCACCCAACUGAAAGCAUUCAUUGAGGACCGCCCCAAACCAGUCCUUAUUGCGAUAGAAGAGUUCUCUGUACACCUCAGCUGGAAUGCCGUCUGGGCUGGGAGAUUUAUUGGGCUUAAUACUUCUUAUGAUGUGCUCAAUUUCGGUUACAGUGAAACAGUCGUCAACAAUGCCGCUAAAGUUAAUGUCGACAUCAGCGUUCCGAGUCGUUGGAAAAUGAUGAUUCAAGAUAUUGAUAAUUGAUGCUUUAUAGUUUGUUGUUUCAAUACCAUCCUUAUUGACGGUGAGGGUAUUGUUUUGCUUCCUGAUGUUAAGGUUUUUCGCUAUCUUAUACGGCUUGCCAAAGGCAAUCCCGUUGUAAAGCUUUCAAUAUAUCUCUUUACUUCCACUCUCUUUUGAUGUCUGAUCAAUUUUCUAUAGUUGGCUAAGUUUAAUUUAAAUUCAAUCUGAUAUCUUAAUCUAUCUGCUGUGUUAGUACAAUUCUGAUAUCUACGUGUCAUGGCUCUCACACGUUUUCUUCUGAUUGUUAGUUCAUCGGACCACCAAAAAUUGUUUGUUUUAUGGUUGAGCCCGCUCGACUUAAGAGUUACCCGUCUGCAGAUGGUAGCAAAAUCAUUUGUGACAUUGACAAUACAUCUGUUUAAUGUAGCUUGAUCAUUGAUAGCGCUCGGGUCAUAACGUUUAAUUUGGUUCGUUAACCCCGUCUUAAGACUGAUCCAAUUUAGUUUAUUAUGAUAAAAUCGUGUUACCCUAUUGUGGUCAGUGCAGCUCUGCAAUAUUGUGUCAGGAGUGUAGGUGCAAGUUCAUGGACGGAGGCAGUAAUUUUAUCCGCGGCACCGUAAUUGCGAAAAAGUGUAUUGUUUGUAAUCAUUAGGUCUAUCCAGCUUUGACCCUGAGGUGUACAGUAAGUAAGUUGGGGGACAUGUUGGAUCAUUUAAAAUGAUUAGAUCAAAUUGGUUUACAAACUGCAAAACUGGCUCGCAACGGUUCACUAUGUUACCUCCCCAAACUGGUUAUUUGGCGUUGAAGUCACUAGAAAACAGUAACGCACGGUUAGUGUAGCGGGCAGCCAAGGACUCUAGUUUUAAAAUAUAGGGCUCAAUUUUGUCGCUAGGAGGAAUAUAAAUAGCUAUAAAAAGGUGUUGACUAGAGCCGUAGGUAAAGCCAAUUGCCUGAAUAUUCUGUUCACUAAGAAUACUAAAAUCCUCAAGGUCUGUACGAUUAAUUAGGAUAGCCGCUUUUGGCUUAUCGGUAGUUGCAUAGAUCUUAAUAUUACUGGAAAAAUCAGUGAUAUAAAACUGUUGGUUACAAUAAGGUUCGUUAAUUCCGACGAUAUCGAGAUUUAACUCUGAGAUAUCGUGGUUUAGUUGAAUACUCACAGUCCUGGACCGAGGGAGAUUGAGGAGGCCGAAUUUUAGGGGUGCUUGGUGUCUGUUAACCAUAAUUUGUUCUCUUAGACUGUUGUUCCCUAGUUCGGAUUAAUUGGUAGCAUUGGUUGUCAAACGGGUUGUAUUUUGACCUCUCGUGCGUUGUUCUGUACCUACUGUUGGCUGUUGCGCAAUAUAAACAAUGCUCACAGUUUGUGCAAUCUCUUUCUUGGUGGCCACGCUGUGAGUAAUUCUUAAAAACCUUUUCUUUUGUACAGUCCCGGGCCAAGUGACCGAGUUCAGAGCACUUGAAACAUUGUCUUAUUCUCAGAUACUCCUGGAAAUAGUGUCGUCGCCACUUUACGUUUAGUUUAUCCAUAUUCAUGAUCUUAUUGAAAGAGUUUGGAUUAACUUCAACGACCCAAUUAUUUCUGUCCCUGCCUGCUCACAAAGGGAACUUAAUAUCAAAGUCUUCGUUGUCUAUUAUAUCAUUCUGGUUCACUAAAGCCUCCCUCAAGUCCUCUCUGUUUACGGCCUCGUCAACUCCAAAGAUAAUUAUGGAUGGGUUGACCACUUUUGGUCUUGAGAUGUUAUAAUUCUCAGUUAGGUUGUUACCACUGAAUUCUUGUUCAAAGAUCUGCAAUUCUCUUUCGCUGUUGGUCUGGAUCAGGACACCACCAUCCCUUAUCUUCACUCCAAUUUUCAGCUUGUUCGGAUCAGGCGCUGAUAAAAUCACUUUUAGUUUGAUCCGAAGUCGUAUUAUUUGAGGCUGGUCUAAUCAGUAUUAUGUGAUCUCUGGUUCUUGGUUUUUUGUUUGUAACAAACUCGUGUCUCUUAUUGUUCUUCAAAGCAUCAGCAUAGGUUCCGAUCACCAGUGCUCGCCACAUCCAUAAUUGCAUUCUCAGUUGUGUCUAGUUGUUCCGAAGCUCUAUCCAACUGGUGUUUCAUCACGGCAAAGUUUGCGUCUUGUUUGCUAAUGAUCACAAGUAAAUCGUUAACUGUCCUGAGCAUUUCCGCCCUAUACACAAUCGCUAUCUGACAUGUAGACUUGUGUAAAAUAUUGUAGAUCUUAGUUUGGAGCUGUUCGCCAUCAGUCAUAAAAUGAGUAUCAAUCGGACCUUCCCCCUCUCCCUCGGUCACAGUAACCCCAAUAAACUCAUUCCUCUCGACGAAAGGUUGAUCAUCAGUAAAAGUGAAACAGUAUAAAAGUCACUGAAAGUUAGGGCUAAACCAAGACAAAAUGGUCAAAGCUAAAACCACACUAGAAAGUUAAAUAUAGAGUAGGUAAAAGAAGAGAUUGUAAAUAGCAAAGUUAAAAUGAUAAAAUCAGUGCAAAAGCUAAGUUAAACCAAAUACAAUAAUAAAAUCAAAAUCAAUUUAAAAAUUACAGUAUUUAAAUCUUAAAAGUUAACUAAUCAAUGCAGCAGUCAAAAUGACCGCUUAUCAUUACAUAUAUCAGCAAACUGGUUUAAUGUUUUAUUGCAAUGACAAAAAACUGACAUUCACGGUGAAAAGUUCCAUAGUGUCGGGAAGCAGCUCGAUUGGCGUAACAAAUCACACCAUAUCUCAGAAGCAGAAGUAGUAGCCCCGAGCUAUCGGCUGGGAUGUUCCACUGAGUCCGGCGGAAGGUGCCGCGGUGACGGAUGCAUUUUAAAUACAAUUUUUGCAUUCAUCGCUUUGUGCAUGAAAGUUAAGCUCUAAAUCAUUUAACGAAUCUCCUUAACCGGAAUUCUUGUUAUGUAAUUUGCACCAAAAAUUAAUAAUUGUGAAACGGAUAAGAUCAGACACCGAUUUGAAUAACUUUGUCUUUAAAUGUGACGAAGAAUUACAUUAUUCUAAUAAUAAUAAUAACAAUCCUCCUAAACUCUUAAUUUAAAAAAUCAAACAAAAUCAAAACUUUUAUAAUAACAGCACAUGUAAUUAGGGAAACACCUUCAAAUUAGGGAAACAGAAAUAUUUAUAGGAAAACAAUAUCUUUUAGACUUAUGCCAAUUUUAUGUUGGUGACAACCAAACCAAUAUGAAAAUUAAUGUGGGAAAACUGGAUCAUACCAUGUGAUUUUCCAGCCAAUAAAAAUGAAUUGACAACAAUGGAAAACUGCGACACCAUCAUUAGAUUUUUAUCUGUGGUGAGAAACAUAAUCUUAUUAACAUAAAAUUGAGUUGAUUAAUAUGAAAAUGAACUGGUUAGCAGAAAGAAAUUACGGGUUUCAACCUGAAUUCAUAUUGGAAUCUGCAGUUAGAGGAUUAAAAUAUAGAUACGUUUUUUCCCCUAAAAGCAAAUAAAAGCUGAAUUUAAAAAAAAUACAUGAAGUAUUCUCUAAUCAUCACGCUUGUCGUGAAUUUCUGGAAUCUUUCUCAGUAUGAUAAUAAAAUUAGGAAUCCUCCUCAUAUAUGAUGAUAAAAUUUGGAAUCCUUCUCAAAUAUGAUAAAAUUUGAAAUCCUCCUCAAAUAUAAUGAUAAAAUUUGGAAUCCUUCUCAAACAUGAUAAUAAAAUUUGAAAUCUUCUUUAAAUAAAAUGAUAAAAUUUGGUAUCCUUCUCAAAUAUGAUAAUAAAAUUAGGAUACCUUCUCAAUUCUUAAUAAAGUUAUCUUAACUAAUAAAUAACCUUUAUCAAGUGAUCCCAACAUGUAUUUAUUAAUAACUUCAAGUAUAUUCUGUAGCUCAUACUGUUAGAAGAUAAUUUAAUGGUUAAAUAAUAUUUGUUAAAAAUAUAAAUUCAUUAUUUUGAUUGUUCAGCAAUUUAUUUUUAAGGACAUACAAAUAUAUUAAUUUAGGGGUAAAAUACGCAAACAAACUAUUUUUUACUAAAAUUUGAACAAUCUCUCGAGUUAUUAAUCAAACGUCGCUUUUCUUUUACUUUAUUGUAUCCCGUUAUACAUUAUUCUGCACUCCUUUAUAAUUUCAAGUUUCUAAAUCUUAAUCUUAUAGUCUGUCACGCAGUUAAGAAAGGUUACGUAAAUGAUUGAUAUGAAAAAAAUUUAUAUUUUUGUUGAGGAUUCAAAAAUAAACAUUAAGUGAGGUGAUUACAGAAUUUGAUGUAUUAAUCAAAUAAUCUUGGUAAUAUUUUUCCAUCACCUCUUCUUUACGUAUGUUAAUUUGAUAUAAAAGAAAAAGUUGUAUAUCUGACCGAAUAUAUUUUCAAUAAAUGUUUUUAAAAUGGCUUAAUAUUAAUCUAUGAAUUAAUUGAAUUGCAUAUAAUACUUCAUUAAAAAAAAUAAUUUUCACAUGUUUUACAGCUUUUACUUCGCACUAUAAAGAGAAAAAAAAAACAAUUUCGGCAUGAAAUAAUGGAAAUUGCACAAUGUGGCCUUGUAUAUAGAAUAACAUUUUGUGAAUUAAAAUAAGAGAGUUUAUUUGUAAAUUUUUGGAAAAGACGAACUAUGUGCACAUUUUGUAACAUAAAAAUGUUUCGUUUGACUCAAUGAA